AUCUGUCACCUGACAGUCUUGUGGCUCUGGAUGAAUGUGGUUCACUGCUAUUAUUAACCUGGGUUGGCAGCUGGUCCUCCUAACAGGAGUGUUCACAGAGAUUCCGAAAAGUGGUGCUUGUUCAAGGGACAAAGAUGCUUCCCAGCUGGCCUUUGCCGGAGUAUGAUCCAAGUCAAAUUCGCUUAAUUGUAUACCAAGACUGUGAAAGAAGAGGGCGAAAUGUCUUGUUUGACUCCAGCGCAAAGAGAAGAACUGAAGAUCCCUCAGUUUCAAAACUCUGUAAUGACGUGCAGGUAAAAGUCUUUGGGAAAUGUUGCCAGCUCAAACCUGGAGGAGACAGUUCCUCCUCUUUGGACAGUUCGAUCAAUUCCUCUUCUUCAUCUUCUGAAACAAAAGAGCAGUGUUCAAAAUAUCAGGGCUCCCGGUGUUCCUCAGAUGCUAAUAUGCUUGGGGAGAUGAUGUUUGGUUCUGUGGCUAUGAGCUACAAAGGUUCAACCCUAAAAAUCCAUCAUAUCCGCUCGCCUCCGCAGCUUAUGUUAAGCAAAGUUUUUACAGCUCGAACUGGAAGUAGUAUCUAUGGAAGCUUAAACACGCUUCAAGACAGUCUUGAGUUCAUUAAUCAGGACAGCAACACGCUAAAGCCAGAUCACAGUACAAUUAUGAAUGGACUGCUUGGAAACAUAAGUUUUUCACAGCUUUGCAGCCCUAGGCGGGCAUUCUCUGAACAAGGUCCGCUCCGCCUGAUCCGGAGCGCCUCUUUCUUUGCAGUUCACAGCAACCCUAUGGAUAUGCCUGGAAGGGAGUUGAAUGAAGACAGAGACAGCGGAAUUGCAAGAUCUGCAUCUCUUAGCAGCCUGCUCAUCACUCCAUUUCCCUCUCCGGGCUCUUCGCUAAACAGAAGCUGUGCUAGCAGUUACCAUUACCAGCGUCGUUGGCGUCGCAGUCAGACAACCAGCUUGGAGAAUGGGGUCUUCCCUAGAUGGUCUGUGGAAGAAAGCUUUAACUUGUCAGAUGACAGCUCCAGCCCGAGCCCAGGAAUUGUCAGGAAAAAGAAAAUAGCUAUUGGGGUGAUAUUCUCACUUUCAAAGGAUGAAGAAGAAAAUAGCAAAUUUCAUGAGUUCUUUUUCUCACACUUCCCUCUCUUUGAGAGUCACAUGAACAAACUGAAGAGCGCAAUAGAGCAAGCUAUGAAAAUGAGCCGCCGAUCAGCUGAUGCCAGCCAGCGGAGUUUGGCAUAUAACAGGAUCGUAGAUGCCUUAAACGAAUUCAGAACAACAAUUUGUAAUCUUUACACCAUGCCACGGAUUGCAGAACCUGUGUGGCUUACUAUGAUGUCAGGAGCAUCCGAGAAGAACCAGCUCUGCCAUCGCUUUAUGAAGGAGUUUGCUUUUUUAAUGGAACAGGCAUCUAAGAACCAAUUUUUACCAGCUCUUCUGACUGCAAUUUUGACAAACCACUUGGCCUGGGUCCCAACUGUUAUGCCAAAUGGGCAGCCACCUAUCAAAAUCUUUCUAGAAAAGCAUUCCUCACAGAGUGUGGACAUGUUGGCCAAGACUCAUCCAUACAAUCCAUUGUGGGCGCAGUUAGGAGACUUGUAUGGAGCUAUUGGGUCACCUGUGAGGCUAUCAAAAACAGUUGUGGUUGGCAAAAGGCAAGAUCUUGUGCAACGUCUGCUGUACUUACUCACUUACUUCAUACGAUGCUCUGAGCUGCAAGAGACCCAUCUUCUGGAAAACGGAGAGGAUGAGGCUAUAGUGAUGCCUGGCACAGUUAUCACCACCACCCUAGAGAAAGGGGAAGUAGAGGAGUCUGAGUAUGUUCUGGUUACAAUGCACAAGAACAGAAUCAACUUACCCCUUACCGAGUCUGAAGAAGCAAGAACUUCUAACUGCAGCUGUAAAUAUUGCAAGUGCCCAAUUAACCCUGGUCAAAUUACAGAGGAUGUUUCAGCACAGGAGAGGGAUGAUCCCCCGGAGUCCCCAGAGGUAGAAACUGAGAUUACUUCUGGUGAAAACAGGGCUGUACCUGCUGACUUCCAAGAAAGUACUGCUGAUGUGAAGCAAUGCAAAGAAAUGGUGACCUCUUGCCUGGGUAUAAAGUUAGAGAAAGUGGUCUUCACAGGGUCAUCAUCAGUUGAAACAGGCAUAUUGACAGGGCCCGGACUGGAACCAACAGGUGGGUCAUGGAAGAAUGAAGGAUCAGUGGAUUCUGAUAAUCAGCCUGCUGAAGUAAGGAAAUCAGCAAAAUCAGUGGUAGAGAAGAAACCACCUGAUAAAAUUUCAUCUGAUGCAAUUCCUUGCAGUACGGCAGAGGCUCAGACAAAAGUGACUUUCCUCAUUGGAGAUUCCAUAUCACCUGAUUCAGAUAUUGAGGUCCGAAGUCAAGCAAUUGCAGAACAAAUGGCCAGGCACAACAACCAGAUAGAGACUGAAGAAGGGAUGACUGCUGAUCAGAACUGUGAAGCGAGUCAAGCCCUUGAGGACCAAACAAGAGAUUGUACUAUUUCUGAAGCGUUUCCUCUGGUUACCAGUAAGCUUCAGAGUUGGAAUCCUUACAAUGAGGAAAGUGUGAGUCUGCUUGAUGAAUAUUUUACAGAGGAGAAUUCUGUUGAAACCAGGACUAUUGAUAUUCCAGUAAAAACAACAACAGACAUUCUGGACCCCAGCAGUAGCUUAGAAUUUCUCAGAAAACUGUGUACAAAGAACCACAAACCCUCCAAUGAAUUUUGUAAGUUUAUGGAAUCUGUGCGGCAAGAGACGUGCAAAAACUGCUUUGCAGAGCAGGACCAAAGAGACAAAAUCUCUAUAUGUAUCCCCCAUGGGGACAGAGAGAGCAUAGAAAAAAAGGCUGACCCUGUUGUGGAUUGGGACAUUCCAAGAAAUGAGAGUUCAGACAGCGCCCUUGGUGACAGUGAAAGUGAAGACGCUGUUCAUGAUGCGGCCAGAACCAACAGAAACUAUUAUGGGGCCGAGCAAGAAGAGUGGGCAGAAGAAGAGGAGAUGCCUUUUCCUGGGUCAAAAUUAAUUGAAGUGAACUCUGUCCAGCCCAGUAUUGCCAAUUUUGGAAGGUCCUUGCUAGGUGGCUACUGUUCAUCUUACGUGCCUGACUUUGUUUUGCAAGGAGUAGGAAAUGAUGAGAAACUGAAACACUGUUUGAUGUCAGAUUUGUCGCAUGCUGUGCAGCACCCUGUUCUCGAUGAACCAAUUGCAGAAGCCGUCUGCAUUAUCGCAGACACUGAUAAAUGGACAGUGCAAGUGGCCAGUAGUCAGAGGCGAAUGAUUGACAAUAAGCUCGGGAAAGAUGUGUUAGUUUCGAACCUUGUCUCCAACCUGCUUCAUUCCACUCUCCAGCUUUAUAGGCAUAAUUUAUCUCCAAAUUUUUGUGUCAUGCACCUGGAAGAUCGAUUGCAGGAGCUGUAUUUCAAGAGCAAAAUGUUGUCUGAAUAUCUCAAAGGCCAGAUGCGAGUUCAUGUCAAGGAGCUGGGUGUGGUGCUGGGGAUUGAAUCCAGUGACCUCCCUUUACUGGCAGCUGUAGCAAGCACUCAUUCUCCAUAUGUUGCCCAGAUUCUGCUCUAAAAUACCAAAGGGCACAGACAAUAACUUUCCUUUUAUAAAAUGGAAGAAAAGGAAGCAGACAGAAACCACUCUUGUCCAGACUCCUUCAUGCCUGCAGGCAAAUGAACUGAACAGCUUGCUUUAGCUGACUUGUGGGCCUCUGCAGCGGAAUAUAUAUUGUGCAAACAAAUGG